CCAUCAUCCACUCAAGUGCAUUCACGAUUCACUCCUUCGUUCCGCGUCCACACUGUGACUUCAUUUCCUCGCGCGCAGGCGGGCGCUCCAGACGCAUAGCGUUGCGCGAUGCAACAUGGAUUGAUGACCUUUUCGCAAUUACGUCACUGCUGCUAUAAUCUCGAUCCCUCGAUCAACAUUCAAAAUUCGCGAUCACGAAUCUCAACGUGGCCAAGGAUUCAAAGGACGGAGCUGCGCCAUUCACAUUUGAUUGAAAAACCGACGCGCGAGGUUGGAUCGUCUGAUCGCAUCUCAGCUCGACUUUCACAUCAUCCGUCCGCAACGCAAUCGUCAUCACUUUCAUCACCAUGUCGACCUACAAGUCCGCGAAUAGGGAACAAAGAUCGUGAUUCUUUGGCGGUAAAGUCGUUGACAAAGAACCAUCAUUCAUGCCCAGCUCUAGAAAUUUGCAUUCGAGGUCGCUGCUACCAAUUAGAUGAGAAGAUGCGCAGACGCUAUACUUGUGCCUACGAUUUCCUUUCUUGGAUGGGACGAGUCGCGAAAGGAGGAAAUAAAGGAUUAAUGUAUAGAAGGAUUGAGGCGAUUCAAACAUUUCAUGAACGAGGCGCAGACACGCUGCGCAGCUCCUUCGUAAUCAUGACGCACUCUACUCUCACUCAAGACUGAUCUCACAGUCAAGUCGGACUUGGGACCUUUCCCGUUGCCUCUUUGUCGCACUUCCGCCACGCCCCACUUGCACACAAAUUCCCGAGCCUCUCCCCCACACCACGAGGCCGGAUGGAUUCUUGCCGAGGGAAAGCGUGGCUCACCGAAAUCGGCGCC